GAGGGCCCAACGGGGGAGGCUACCUGCUGAACAACUACGAGUCGUUUGCCAUCACAGUGGGCGCCAUUCUCCUCUGCGGCAUUCUCAACUCCUUCUCCAUCAAGUUCAUUGGCCGCCUUGCCGUCGUCAGUGCCGUCUAUCAGAUGGGUCUCGCCAUAGUCAUCAUGAUUCUGCUGCCGUCGGUAGCGCCAGUGCACCAGAGUGCCUCCUUCGUCUUCACUCACCACCACGUGCAGCUGGACGUGUCUCUGCUGCCCACUAUGGCGUACGCCUUCAUAGCAGCGAUGCAGCUAUCGCAGUACUCCCUCUACGCAUACGACACAGUGGCCCACAUGGCAGAGGAGACCAAGCGCUCCGAUCGCGCGUCCCCAGCCAGCAUGGUGCUCUGCCUGUCCGCGGUCAGCCUGCUCGCGUGGGGGCUGCUCGUCGCCUUCACCUUCUGCAUUCAGAACGACGACAACCUCACCAGCCCGGACAGCGUUACGGCCGGCAAUCAGAUCCUGGUUACCAUCAUCUGGGAGGCCUUUUUCGCUCGCUUCGGCAGUGGCACAGGGGCGGUGGUGGUGCUCUCACUCAUCUACAUCGCCUUCCUCUUUGGCGUCUUCGCCGGCAUUCUUGGCGCCUCCCGCGCGGCCUACGCCAUAUCGCGAGACAAGGGCCUGCCAUUCGCGCUCAUCUGGCGGCGGGUGAACCGAGACAAGACGCCCAUCUACUCCGUGUGGCUGUGCUGUGGCGUCGCCAUCCUCUUCUCCCUGCCACUCCUCAAGGACUCUUUCCUCUUCUCCGCCAUCACCUCCCUCGCCACCGUCGCCUGGGUGGGCGGCUAUGCUGUCCCCAUCUUCUUUCGGCUCAUUCAAAGGGAGGAGGACUUUGAACCGGGCCCGUUCUACCUCUCUAAAUACGUCGGCGUGUGGGGCAGACCUUUCAAGACUUGCCUUGCCUUGCUGCAAUGCUCUGCCUCGACGGCGCUGCUCAUUCACCCCUCCUCCCUAAACCAUGGACCCGUGGGCGUGAUCUUCGCCCCCGCAUCAUCCACAAUCUCUCCGCUCAGCAGCACCGUCGUUGCCCCCAUGCGGAACCCCUUCUUGGCACUCGCUGCCAUUGCUCGCGAAGAGGAGGAGGAGGAGGAGGAGAAGAAGAAGAAGGAGGUGGAGGAGGAGGAGGAGGAGGAGGAGGAGGAGGAGGAGGAGGAGGAGGAGGAGGAGGAGGAGGAGGAGGAGGAGGAGACGGAGGCGGAUGGGUGGAGCAGUGAUUGUUGGUAUGCCUGGGAGCUGCACUAG